ACAGCAUCAAGUGGAGGGAAUACAGGGGGCGGGCUGCGGUAUUAAAGGGAGGGGUAACUGAGGACUCCAGCUCAUUGAUGACGCGCGACCCUCACGUGACCAGGAGUCGACGUGUGCAGAAGUCCUUAUAGUCCGGGGCCUGUUUCCCUGGAGCAGCUCCCUAUUGCUGGAGAAGAAAAGUGCCCCGGAUCCUUUCAGGACUUUUGGCGUUUUGAGCGCGACACAAAUCGAGUGAGGGAAGAAGGAGAAAAAUCCGCUGGCUCCCUGCAGGAUUAAUUUAUCCAAAAAGGAAAUAAUAAAAAAAUACUCAACAUGCAACAGUCUUGUGAAGAAAAUGAAGGAAAACCACAGAACAUGCCAAAGGCCGAAGAAGACCACCCUUCAGAAGAGGUACCAAGGGAGGCAGAAGGAAAUCCUCCGCCUUCCCAAGAAGGUGUCAGGCAGGAGGCAGAAGGAAACCUUAGAAGCGGGCUGACUCAACCUGGGCAGGCAUUCAAAGAGGACACUCCCGUUAGGCAUUUGGACCCUGAAGAAAUGCUAAGAGGAGUAGAUGAGAUGGAAAGGCUUAGGGAAGAAAUAAGAAGAGUAAGAAACAAGUUUGUGAUGCUGCAUUGGAAGCAAAGACAUUCACACAGACGACCUUAUCCUGUGUGCUUUAGGCCUUGAAUUCUUUUUUUUUUAUCUGAUAGUAAAAUCUGGCCCCUGCUUUCUAUUAGCAUAUUCUGAUGUAUCUUUUUACCUUCGUUUUACUUUUAAUCAUCUGGUAGAAUUUUGUUUUAUAUAGUUUCCUUGUUAACCAGCAUCUUACUGGAUUUUGUAUUUUGACCUAUUCUCCAGGUCUAUUUUUCAAUUGGGAAGUUUCACACAAAUGCAUGAAAAUGUUCAUUUCAUAUUGUAAAGUAACAUAAGUUGCAAAGUAUAUUUAGUAUCAGCUCACAUAUGUACAAUAAAAAUCCAAAAUUGUGUGUGUGCAUGUGUGUAUACAUACAUACAUACAUACAUCAAAAAAUUAACUGCUUAUUUCUGUGUGGUGUGAGUUUUCUUUUUGCUUAUAUGUAUUUUUUAAUGAACUUGUGUCACAGACAGAAUUAAAAUUUUUUAAUAAGUAAGAAUGAAAUAAUUUGCAAUCAGCUUAUAAGGGCAAUGGGGGCACCUAAACUCUUGAUGAAAUAAUUAUUAAAAUGUAAACCUCAAAUCACCUCUGGAUCUCUUAGCCAGAGGAAUAAAACUGGCAAUUAUUACAGACA